GCUGUGUGUAUGUUCACAGCGGCUCAGUGGAAGAUUGGCAAAUCUACAGUUCAAACCUGGAUGGGGAUUCUUCUCAUAGUUGGAUAAUUUGCUACUUGAGAAAUGCUGCUGUGUCUCCAUGGUAACAAGAAGUCUUGGUUUUCUCUCCCGUGCCCCCUAAAACUCCACAUCUACUUCAGAGGGCGAGUGAUGCAUGCUGCAAGCGGUGUGUGUGUGCAGCAAGAGUGAGAGAGCAAACGGUGUGUGUGUGUGCAGAGAGAGAGAGAGAGAGAGAGAGAGAGAGAGAGAGAGACACAGACAGAGCCCCUCAAACGGAGCAUGCCUCUGCGUCCGGCAGCCGGCAAACAUGAGCCACCCAGCCCUCCACGGCAGGACCAGCAGCAGCACACACACACACACGCACACCCCUACACACACACAGCCAACGGCAGCCAGGGGGGCAGGUCUGACAGCGGCAGCUCCCAGGAAGAGGGCAGCGGUGUUCCCGCUUCCGUUUACGUUCCGGCUUUCCGACCGGCUCCGGAGCUGAGCUCUAGUUCAGGAGGACACAUGGAGGAGCCGCAGGGACACACGCUGGUCGUCCGCAUAGGAAUCCCAGACCUGCAACAGACGAAAUGUAUGAAGUUCGACGCGGACAGCUCCUAUUGGCUGUCCAAGCAGAGGAUCCUCUGCACUCUCAACCAGAGCCUGAAGGACGUCCUGAACUACGGCCUGUUCCAGCCAUCUCACAACGGCAAGGCCGGCAAGUUCCUGGAUGAAGAGCGCCAGCUGAGAGACUACCCCCUCCCCUCCAUCACCCCUGUACCCUACCUGGAGUUCCGCUAUAAGAGGCGUAUCUACACACAGAGCCACCUGGAUGACAAGCAGCUGUCUAAACUCCACACCAAGGCGAACCUGAAGAAGUUCAUGGAGUAUGUUCAGCAAAGGAACAUGGAGAAGAUCUCCAGGUUCCUGGAAAAAGGACUGGACCCCAACUUCCACGACCCAGAGACGGGAGAAUGUCCCCUGACAAUGGCGUCUCAGCUGGAGGGCUGUGCAGAGCUUAUCAAGGGGCUGAAGAGUGGAGGGGCUCACCUGGACUUCAGGACAAGAGACGGCAUCACUGCCUUGCACAAGGCUGUGCGCACCAAGAACCAUACAGCGCUCAUAACGUUGUUGGACCUGGGUGCAUCACCUGACUACAAGGACAGUCGAGGAUUGACGCCACUCUACCACAGCUCUAUGGUGGGAGGAGACCCCUACUGCUGUGAACUGCUGCUCCACGACCACGCUCAGGUGGGCUGUGUGGACGAGAACGGCUGGCAGGAGAUCCAUCAGGCAUGUCGCCACGGCCACGUGCAACACCUGGAACACCUGCUGUUCUACGGAGCCGACAUGAGUGGGCAGAAUGCGUCUGGAAACACAGCCCUGCACGUGUGUGCUCUCUACAACCAGAAAAAAUACAACCCCCAUCGCCGUAACAACCAGGGGGCGUGCCGGCUGACCGUCCCCUUGGCGACCAUGUCGGUGACCACGGGCUUCAGCUACCAGCUCCCUGGCAUUACCACGGUAACAUAUGUGUUUGUUUACAGCCCCGGGAGUGUGCAACGGGACCCCAGCCCACCGCCUCACACCCCUCCCGCGCUGACGGGCGCUCGCGGGCCCAAACGGAAACUCUACAGCGCCGUCCCAGGACGCACCUUCAUCGUGGUCAAGCCCUACACCCCACAGGGCGAGGGCGAGAUCCAGUUGAACCGAGGAGAGAGGGUCAAAGUGCUGAGUAUAGGUGAAGGAGGGUUUUGGGAGGGUACGGUCAAAGGGAGGACAGGCUGGUUCCCGGCAGACUGCGUGGAGGAGGUUCAGAUGAGGCAGUUCGACCCUCGACUAGAUCUGCCUGUGCUCUGCAGCAGGAUAGACGGCGUAGUGACCGUCGUCAAGGCGGAGCAGCCCUACUGCAUGUGUCGUGGAGGCUACCAGGCUGAGACGCCCAUCGAGGAGUUUACGCCCACCCCAGCCUUCCCUGCGCUGCAGUACCUGGAGUCUGUGGACGUGGAGGGAGUGGCCUGGAGAGCAGGGCUGAGGACUGGAGACUUCCUCAUCGAGGUGAACGGGGUGAAUGUGGUGAAGGUGGGCCACAAGCAGGUGGUGUCUCUGAUCCGUCAGGGAGGCAACGCGCUGCUGAUGAAGGUGGUCUCUGUCACGCGCAAACCCGAGUCUGAGGAGGUGGUCCGCAAGAAAGCCCCCCCGCCACCCAAGAGGGCUCCCAGCACCACCCUGACUCUACGCUCCAAGUCCAUGACUGCUGAGCUGGAAGAACUGGCUUCUGCUCGGAGGAGAAGAGGAGAGAGGCUGGAUGAGAUGCUGGCCUCCCAGGAGCCCAUGCUGAGAGCCCAGCCCUCAGAGGUGGACUACAGAGCAGCCACCGUCAAACAGCGGCCCACCAGUAGAAGGAUCACACCCGCGGAGAUCAGUUCGCUGUUUGAGAGACAGGGGAUGACUCUACAUGGAGGUCUCCACCCAGGGAUGGAGAGGGGGCACAUGCAGCUGCCCAGAGGCAUGUCCAGGACCAAGUCCUUUGGUGCAUCUGAGGAGGAGCGUCUGUCUGCCCUGGCCGCUGAGCACCACUUCCCCCGCAGCUCCUCCAUGACGGACAGCCUGCGAGAACACGCCCAGCCCCACCCCAUCCCGCCUCCCCCGCAGACGGCCCCCCCGCCUCCCCCCUCCCACUACUACCUGGACACAGGCCCUCCCCCGGCCUUCUGCCCUCCCCCUCCUCCCGCCAGGGUCCACAGUCAGGGUCACGACCCGGGGGCGCGCUCCAGCUUCAAGCCGUCCUCUCUGGACUUGCCCUCGGAGGCGUCCUCGCGCCAAAGCUUCAGCCACGCCGAGAGACAGAAGAAGGCUCGCUCCAUGAUCAUCCUCCAAGACUCCUCCCAUCUCCCUGUCGAGCCGACCGACAUACCCCGCCCCUCCGCAACCGGCACACCCCCUGAGCGAAUCAAACGGAAAGGGCGGGUGAUUGACAACCCUUAUGCCAAUGUGGGCCAGUUUAGCAUUGGACUGUACACGCCCACCAAGCCCCAGCGCAAGAAAAGUCCACUUGUCAAACAGUUGCAGGUGGAGGACGCCCAGGAGAGAGCCAGCCUGGCCUUAGCUGCCGGACACUCCCGAGAGCCCUCCCCUUCUGGCCGGCACACCCACGGCCACGCGCACACACACACCAGCCGCGCAGACUACUACCAGCAGCAGCUGUUGGCGGAGCGCGAGCGCCUACGCGCCCAGGGAGAGGCUCUGCUUCAGGGGAAGGGCCCGUUCGCGGCAGCCAUCGCCGGAGCCGUGAAGGACCGCGAGCGCCGCCUGGAGGAGCGAAGGAAAUCCACCGUCUUCCUGUCCGUGGGGACCAUGGAGGGGGGGUCUGGACCUGACCCUGAGGCCCCCUCCCUCACUCAGUCGCGGUCCAUCGAUGAGCGGAUGCUCACAAGAGAGCUGGGCCAGUUGCCCCCCCCAGCGCUGGCCCUCCGGCCCUCCCUUGGAGGGACCACCUUUAUCCACCCGCUGACGGGCAAGCCCCUGGACCCCAACUCGCCCCUGGCUCUUGCGCUGGCCGCAAGGGAGAGGGCGCUGACGUCCCAGAGCCAGUCCCCAGCCAGCAGCCCAGAGCCCAGGACUAAACAGGAGCGGCCUGGCCUCUUCAGCGACACCCAGACCAAAGAGUCUCAGCAGGGGGAAGGGUCGCCUCCUUUCCCCCCACAGAGCACCAUGGUAGUGGGGUAUGGUGGAGUGGGAGCCCUUCCGGGGGCUGGAGCCGGUAAGGCCCAGUGGGGAACGUCUUCACCCGCCCUCCACCGUCAGGACAUGGAGGGAAGAGCACAGGACAGGAAGGAGGAGAAGAGGACAGAGGAUAAAAAGAGUAUGUUAAUCAGUAUCAUGGAUACUUCUCAGCAGAAGACUGCAGGCCUCAUCAUGGUCCAUGCUACCAGUAAUGGCCAGGCUGUCGGGCUUGGGGCUGGGUUGGAUCAGGCCCCCACCUCAACAACAUCUGAUCCCACCAAGCCCUCCAGUCCCCGGGCUGCUUCCCCCAGCCCCACACCUUCUCAACCCCAGGCCCAGACUCAGGCCCAGCCCCAGCCCCAACCACAGGCCCAACCACAGGCCCAACCACAGACCCAGCCACAGGCCCAGCCACAGACCCAGCCACAGGACCAGACAGCAGCCAGUCCAGGCCAAGAUAAGGCUUUGGUCCAGGGCAGCUCAGAGGAGGAUGUUGAGCCUUACACAGUGACACUGCCCCCCGCUAUGCUGUCGUCCAGUGACGAAGAAACCCGCGAGGAGCUGCGUAAGAUUGGGGUGGUCCCUCCACCAAACGAGUUUGCUAAUGGACUGCUGGCCCAGGCACAGGCCCAGGCAAAGGCACAGGCCAAAGCCCAGGCACAGGGGACCCCAACAUCCCCAACAAAACCUGCCACCACCUCCCCAACCACACCUCCUACCCAUAUACCCUUGACCCCCUUGGCCCCCACUCCCAUCCUGACCCCCACCCAGGCCCAGGCUCCCCACCUUCAGCCUACCCCCAGUGGAGCAGCCGUCUCAGGGAAGCCCUCGGAUCCUCUGGAGCCUCCGCCCAUGGGGGAGUCUGGCUCGGCGGCCGACUCUGGCGUGGAGGAAGCUGACACCCGCAGCUCCAGCGAGCGGGAGCGAGACCAUCACCUGGAGACCACCAGCACCGUCUCCACCGUCUCCAGCAUGUCCACGCUGUCCUCGGAGAGCGGCGAGCCCGCCGACACACACACCACACACACCUCCUACGCCGACGGGCAGACCUUCGUGCUGGACAAGCCACCUGUGCCUCCUAAGCCCCGACUCAAGUCCCAGAUAGGAGGCAGUAAAGGCCCUGUCACCUUCAGGGACCCUCUGCUGAAGCAGAGCUCUGACAGCGAGCUGCUAUCACAACAACAGGCUGCCGCUCUGGCUGUAGCCGCGGCUGGGGGGACGGCGCUGGGCUCUGGGGGCCUGGGCUCUGCCUCCAUGUCUGGGCUAGCCCCCGGCAGGCCUCGCUACCUCUUCCAGAGGAGGUCCAAGCUGUGGGGAGACCCCGUGGAGCCUCGAGGCCCCGGGUUGGGGUUAGGGGUGGGGAGUCUGGGGAAUCUGGGAGGACUGGGGCUGGGGUUAGGUCUGGGACUGGGAAGUGAGGAAGGAUGGAAACCGUCUGUGAUGGGGGAGCUGAGUAGCAGACUACAGCAACUGAACAAAGACACUAGAUCACUGGGAGAGGAGCCUUUGGGGGCAUCUCUGGACCCUGGGAGGAAGUCACCUGUUACAGGUGCCAGACUUUUCAGCAGUCUAGGAGAGCUGCACACCAUUUCCCAGAGAAGCUACGGCACCACAUACACCAUCCGCCCAGGCAGCCGCUACCCGGUAACACGACGCACACCAAGCCCGGGCGCAGGCUCCCCUGACCGAGGGGAUCCGCUCGGGCGACUCACCGGAUUCGGCCUGCCCACUUCUCCCACCAUGCCUCCCCACACCAUCCUCAAGUCCUCCAGCCUCAGCCUGCCCCAUGAGCCUAAGGAGGUCCGCUUUGUGAUGAGGAGCUCCAGUGCCCGCUCCCGCUCCCCAUCUCCAUCCCCCUCUCACUCCCCCGGGCUGGGCUCUCCUCUCCUGGCUCUCAGGCCCUUCCACCAGAAGCCCCUCCACCUGUGGAACAAGUAUGACGUGGGGGACUGGCUGGAGAGCAUUAACCUGGGGGAGCACAGAGCAGGCUUCCAGGAGCACGAGAUUGAGGGCUCCCAUCUCCCAGCUCUGACCAAGGAUGAUUUUGCAGAGCUGGGCGUGACGCGUGUUGGACACCGCAUGAACAUCGAACGAGCGCUCAAACAGCUGCUGGAGAGCUGACCCCUGCCUUGAGACAGAGGAAGAGAGGGAGAGGAGAUAGGAGAUUAAGGGGACAGAGAGAAUUGGGGAGAAAUAAGUAAAGAGAGAGACAGCCUUCCCCUUUUACUCCGGCUAUAUGUGUAGGUCCUAUCAAUUCAUCUUUAAUUAGUUUUAUUGUAUUUGGAUACAGUUAUUGUUUUAAAAGAAUACCCUGCGCUCUAUACUGAAUUAUGAUAAUUUACUGUACAUGUUACCCACUUGUCUGCUGCCCACAUCAUUGCCUGCAGCCAAUCAGAUUCAGUCAGAUCAGACCUCAGACCACAGACCACUGGGUCGUUACACGAGUUCCAACUGGAACCAAUUCGAUUUGUAUUUAUUUGUGAAAGGUCAAGUGGAUGCCCUGGGACCCUGGUAGCCUGUAUCUUACCUCUCUACCUCUGUUUCUCCCACUCUCUCCCUCCUGUGCUCGGGGCCUCCGACGGCUUUCAUCGUUUGAGUAAAUAAGAAGGUUCCAAACGGAAAGUUCAGUUGCCUUUCAACAUAUUUCUACUGAGAUCAGCAGUGGCGAACACAGGACUAUGGACACAUUAGUGACACAGCUCUGAAAAAGGGCGUGUCUUCUCUCUACCUGCUCUUAUCUUUCAGCUGUUUGAGCCCAGAUGUGGAGCUCCGCCAAGGAGCCCAUAGGAGAAGCCCUUCCUUCCCCAGGACCCUCUCACAGAGCUCCGCCAAGGAGCCCAUAGGAGAAGCCCUUCCCUCCCCGGGACCCUCUCACGGACUGACUGUGCUAACUAUUAUAUUUGGAGAAUGUUUAACCAACACUAGUGGCUUUUUUUCAUAAUCAAACAAUUUGCUUUGGGUUUCCAAAGGGAAUAUUAUAGAUCUAAAUGAUAUAUGUACUUACAUAGCUUUGAGAAGAAAAGACCGAACGUUGCAAGAAGAAAUGUAAUAAAUGCAACUGUACCAGAAGAAGACAGAGAAAACACUUUCAAUUUAUUCCGACAAUAAUAAAGUCAUUUCUACCAGUUAUAUACAUAUAUAUUUGAAAGGAAAAAGUAUAUAUAUAUGAAAAUGACAUUUUGUCAUAAGUAUACAACUUUACUAAAACACUAUUGAUGGUAUUAUAUAUAAAAAUCCAGUGUUGAACCUUCAUUAUAUGGUCACCCUUUCCUGAACAGUAGCAUGAGAGUUUGCAUCAUGUUUUGGAAAGAGAGUUUGUUUUCUAAUUUGUUUUCUUACGGUCUUCCGUCACAUGCAAGGGCAUCCCAUAAUGUGAGCACGUGACCUAAAUUGACUCCCAUCCCUGUUGCCUUGGCUACAGAUCUUUGUCACUCAAAUUGGCUCAACUGCUAGACCUCCACCAUACUGUGUUCACCUGUCCUGUUUCACCCCUCCCCAAAUGACCCACCGGAUAACCAGGUCUCUCACAUCCAGCAUAGCUAGAGUCCUUUUAACAAACACUGGCUCUCUGUUGUCCAUCUGGCUCAGGAGAUGGGAUGUCAUCUGAGAGGUCUCAACCAUAUGAUCUACAAUUGUAUUCCCAUUGGCUGCCCUUGGUGACAGUCUGAGACAGUGGGGGUUGUUCUAUUGGCCUUUCUCUGAGAGAACACCAGUUGAUCCCUCCACCAGAAAGCAGCACCUUCACACCAGGUCAGCCAAAUAUGGCUAGGAGCCAGGCAUCUACCCCAGUUCUGUAUUGGACUGUCUUGGUAGUAGUGGUGGAAGGUUGAGUCUAGUGUGGAGGCAGAAGGGAUCGCCCUCAUUGGCUCACUGUGACCACCUGACCUUGCUCCAGUGUUUUGCCCCAGGGCUCAUUUGGGCUUUGGUUUGUUUUAUUCUUGUUUUUGUUUGGACGUUUGUUGAUGUGUUCCUCUUCUACACUGUGGGUAGAUUUUGUAGCUUGUGGAACAUAAUAUGUAUCAAAUUUAUUUUCACUCACGUGAUGUUUGGAGUGAAAAUUAAGAGAAAAAAACAGAUAUUCAAUCUGCUAAAAAGUACUUACACUUGUAAAUAUGAACAAACUACAAAUAUUAGCUUUUUAUAUUAAUCAAAAGCAAUGUAUAUAUGAUAGAUUUCAUAUAAAUUUUUGAAAAACAAAAAAUAUAUAGAUCUAUAUAUGAAUGUUUGGCAUAUAUGCAUAGUUAAACACCUGUGAGAAAGGUGAGAAGAUUUUAUUCUUUCUAUGAACUCUUGAACUUUUGAACUCUGAACUAUGAACUAGGGGAAGAUUUGCACAAAACAAGGUGCUAGCAUUAAAGCCACCCAUUGUCCAAGCACAUCUGGACACUAACUCUAACCAUCCAAUCAUCCCUUUCCACCAUACAUGUAUGUGUGCAUGUCAACAUCUGUGUGUGUGAGCGUGUAUGUGUGUGUGCGUACUUGGGAUAACAUUUGUGUUGUGUGUUUAUAUCUGAAAGUGUUCAUAAAGGUAUAGAUUUUAGGAGCUAGUCAGCUGUAGCCUUACUGUAAUACCGUCAGAAAUACCUGGCAUGGUUUGUCAUAGCCAACCCCAUUUAAUAAAUCUAACACCCUCACACAGGCACACAUAGACACAAACAUGCCCGAGCUCUCACAUUGUACUACCCUAUAUUGUCUUGGGAAUAUUGUCAUAUACAGGAAUUAGGAAAGUGUGUGUUUGCGAGUGCGAUGCGAGUGUGUGUUUUAUUAAAACAGAAAAUUCACCUGUCACCUUGGUGACAGGUGAAUGAAUUGAAUGUGUGAUUAUUUCACAUUUUGCCCCAGCUUGGUGGCUGUUUCUGUCUGGACUUGAGUGGUGGGCUUGUGUGACCUCAAGACACACCCCAUCACCUGAUGCAGUGAUGCAUCCCCUCCUCAUGCUAUCUGGCUGUACUCCUUUUUCCUUUUUCAGACUUUCAAUUUCUGAGUUUUAGAUAUGCUCUGUGAGGUGAUUUAAAGAGGACGAAAAACUAAGGAAAAAAACGUGCCAAAAAAUAAGAACUUUUAACUGUAUAUUUUAUUUAUCUUUGCUUUAGGACUACCUUAGUUACAAUGUUCUUGAGCUGUUACUCAAUAAUAUGGUGCCAUCUCCUGGAAAUCUUGAGAACUACAGACAUUCGUUUAGAUCCUCCACUGUAUGUACAGCACCUUUUUGAGGUGGGAAUACAGUCAUUUUUAUGUUUUGUAAAGGAAUAAUAAAUAUAUAUAGAUAUAUAUAGAUAUAACCAGAUAAUUGAUGAUUUUAAGAGCUUUGCAUUAACUUAAUUAAUUAAUUUCUAUUUAUAAACAAGGUAUUUGCUUGGUUUCACUGUGUUGAAGGUUGUUAUGAAGCUUGACUAAUUGCUCCCGAAAGAUGUUGAUUCGGAAAUACACACACGAACACACACAUACAGACACACACACACACACACACACUCAAAUAGAAAUCCAGUUGGAUCCCUUUUGUGAGUUUGCCAGUUUCAUAUGCAAACAACACUAUAGAACGGAGAAGUGAAACAAGACACAUCAAUCACAUUGUUGAGUUUUGCUGUAGGGUGAACCUAAUCUUCUUUUCUAAUCAACAAAGCACAAUCUAGAUGGUGAGAGGGAGUGGUGUAUCCUUUGUUUUUGAUCCACUGGGAUCUGGUGACCCUCUGGAUAUAGUGAUCGUAUCAUGAUUAAGGGGGUUUUACUUUCAAUGUCAAUUUUCUCCUUGUUUGCACUGUGAAGUUUAAUAUGGUGGGUCUAUCACUGUGACGGCAAAUCCUAGUCCUGCAGGAUUCCUCUUUCCCUCCUCAGCAACUAGCUCUGGUGGGCUGAAACAAUGUGAAUAGUUAAAGAUUUACAUGUUUGUGUAAACCUCCACGCACAUGCUAUCACAAACCCUAAUCCUACAUUGAGUCUCCAGUGUUAAAUGCAAGGGGAGGGAUGGGAUCAGAAAAGAUCAAUGGACAGCAGUGGACAAGAAUAAAACAACAGGGUUUGAAAAACAAAAUAACAUUGGGGAUUACCCCAAUGUUAUUGGGGUGUUUUAACUGCCCCCGCUAUAAAGAGUCGGACUAUUUCCUUUCAGCCCACAGGUUGUGUCCAUUCGAAGACAGAAAGGGGGAGUGAAGGAGGGAUACGGUAAGGCCACAGAUGUCAUUGUGAUAGCUCCACCACAGAGAUCUAUGUUUGUUAUCUUAUGUAAUAAAUUUAUAAUUAAAA